CGUAUGGUUAUGUGGCCAGAAAUUGAGCCCAGACUGAUAUUCCUGAACUUCAUCGUGACACAGAGGGCUAGAGUCAGAUCCAACGAAUAGUAUUCAGAGAAGCUCGACGGGGACGCAGUGUAGGUUCAAUCGGAUUUACUCCGAUUCUGGACCGCUUCUUUGUUUGGGUCCAAAAUCCUAAUUGACGGUUUAGUUUGACAAUCGAUUGUAUUGCGCUUUGAAUUGCAAAAUUGAAUGGAGACUGAAAAUGGAGAGGAUACGUCGACGGUGGCGAGUCUUCCCCCCCUUGCUUCCGUCAAUCAACAAUCCUACGUUUCCGAGCUCCUCUCGUUCACUCUCGAUCGCCUCCACAAGGAACCAGAGCUUCUGCGGGUGGAUGCGGAGCGAAUUCAGAGGCAAAUGCAGGAGGUGGCGGUGAAGAACUACCGUGCAUUCAUUGCUGCGGCUGAUGCAUUGCUUGCAAUUCGAGAGGAGGUGUCUUCUAUUGAUAAGCAUCUUGAAUCUAUGAUAACUGAAAUCCCAAGGCUGACGGCUGGUUGCACUGAGUUCGUUGAAUCUGCAGAACAGAUCUUAGAGAAGAGGAAAAUGAACCAAACUUUACUAGCCAAUCACAGUACUUUACUUGACUUGCUGGAAAUUCCUCAGCUCAUGGACACAUGUGUGAGGAAUGGAAAUUAUGACGAGGCUCUUGACUUAGAAGCAUUUGUUUGCAAACUCUCAACCAUGCAUCCCAAAUUGCCUGUUAUUCAAGCCCUAGCUGCUGACGUUAGGCAGAUCACCCAAUCGCUUCUGUCUCAGCUUCUCCAGAAACUUCGCUCUAGUAUUCAGUUGCCUGAAUGCCUCCGCAUUAUUGGAUAUUUACGUCGUAUAGGAGUAUUUAGCGAGUAUGAAAUGCGUUUGCAGUUUUUGAGAUGCCGAGAGGCAUGGCUUACUGGAAUUAUUGAAGAUCUGGACCAAAGAAAUCCUUAUGAGUACUUAAAAGGGAUGAUACAGUACCAGAGAACGCACCUGUUUGAUGUUGUAAACCAAUAUCGAGCAAUAUUUGCUGAUGACACAUCAGGAAGUGAAGAAAAUGCUGAUGGUGGGCUUCUUUUUAGUUGGACCAUGCAUCAGAUUACCUCACACCUAAAAACGUUAAAAGUCAUGCUUCCCACAAUUACCGAAGGCGGGUCUUUGUCAAAUCUUCUGGAUCAGUGCAUGUAUUGUGCUAUGGGACUGGGUUGGGUUGGAUUGGAUUUCCGAGGCAUGCUUCCACCACUUUUUGAAGAUGCAGUUUUCAACUUGUUCUCAAAGAAUAUGAGUACAGCAGUUGAAAACUUUCAGUUAGUUCUGGAAUCACAUCGGUGGGUUUCGCUGCCUGUUGUCGGGUUUCCUGCCAACAAUGUCGGAGAAGAAAGUCAAGCGGAUGUGACUCCUCCCUCUUAUCUUAUGGAACAUCCACCUCUAGCAGUUUUUGUUAAUGGUGUAUCUGCUGCAAUGAAUGAGCUCCGACCCUGUGCUCCAAUAAGCUUGAAGCAUGUACUUGCGCAAGAAUUAAUAAAAGGUUUGCAGGCUGUUUCUGACUCUCUGUUGAGGUAUAACACAACUCGGAUGCUCAAACAAAAUGAGUCUGGACUCUUCCUUGCACUUUGCCGGGCAUUUAUAGAGGUUGUCUAUCCACAUUGUGCAUUAUGCUUUGGCCGCUGUUAUCCUGGUGCUGCUUCUAUUAUCACGGAUGCUAAGAAUUUAUAUGAUGGUAUAAGCCGCCUUUUGUCAGUUUCUACUUCAAGAGAACUCCCCAAACCAGCCAAUGAUGCAGAUAGAAAGAGUGUCUCAGAAAAUGGUGACAUAACUGUGGUGGAAUAUGGGGACACACUUGCUUCUGAAGCAGUAGAAGGUCCCUCGACGAAUGAAGAGCAGGAAAGUCGCACUUCAGAGACUGAUGAAAAAACAAGGUGAUGCGGGAAGCACCUAGAAAUGGUUAUCCCCUUGUCAAAUGAGGCUCAUUAGGGUCUUUUUAGUUAAAAAAUUAUAGGAGAAAGAAUUCAUUUGUUAAUUGGUUAAAGUGAUUGUAUCAUAGAAGAAAGGAGGAGAGACUAGAUUAUAGUGUGUUGAUUAUAAUAUAUACAGAACGGCAAAUACGAGUUAGUAGGGCUUCAUGUAUUGUAAUGUUGCUGUAGGCAAUGCUGUUUUCCUUUGACCUGUUAUGAUAACAUAUUCUAGAAGUGAAUUUCAUUUGUUAGGAUUUUUGAA